AUGACUGCGGUGUCGAUCGAGCACGAUCCGCCUGUGAAUUCAGAUACUUUGCUUUACAAGAUCCUCGUGGAGCUGGGAUUGCCCAGAGACCAAGCAGAGGCUGUGGCCCGGAUGCCCUGCAGCGCCAAACGUUUCUACUGCGAUGAUCAGGGAGAACUCACAGAAAUCACUCUGCAACAUUUGGAUCUUCGGGGGCGUAUCCCCAAAGAGCUUGGUGCCUUGCGGUUUCUUCGCCAACUAAACCUCCAAGUGAACCAGCUGAAAGGCCAGAUCCCAAAACAGCUGGGUCAGUUGAAGUUCUUGGAAGUUCUUGGCCUGGCAUCGAACCAGCUAGAUGGCCGGAUUCCCGAAGAACUUGGGCUACUUGAGAACCUGGAGUGGCUUCAACUGGAACACAACCAGCUCAAUGGCCCCAUUCCGAGGGAGCUGAGCCAGCUGCAUUCGUUACGAGGGCUGCACUUGCAUCAGAAUCAGCUCGCAGGAUCUAUCCCUAAAGAGCUUGGCCACUUAACAACAUUGGAGGAGUUGCACCUUUCGCAAAAUCAACUGACGGGCCAAAUCCCGACAGAGCUUGGCCAACUUCAGGGUCUUUCUGUGCUAGAUCUGGCGGAGAACCAGCUUCAGGGCAGCAUUCCCAAAGAGCUUGGCCAGCUACAGAAAUUGAGGAGUCUUUUCGUCUACAAGAAUUCUUUGGAAGGACUUCCCACAGAACUUGGUCAGUUGCGCAACUUGAUUUCUCUCCACCUUGCCCAGAACCAGAUUCGAGGCCACAUCCCCAAAGAGCUCGGCCAGCUCCGAUUGCUGAAAAAGCUUGACCUUUCUGAGAACGCGCUGAGUGGUGAAAUUCCCCAGGAGCUUAGCCAACUGGACUUGAGAAUUCUCGAUCUUUCUCGAAACCAGUUGAGCGGAGGCAUUGCAUUUCUUUGGAAUACCAUUUGCAGCCUUACGGUUUUUGAUAUUAGCCACAACGCUCUUAGUGGGGAGCUCAACAUGGAAGUGUCUGAGACUGGGCAGUCAUGUCAGAAGCUCCGACACAUGGAUUUGAGCCACAACAAGUUUCGUGGGAGUCUCUCCAAACUUGUAGAUAUCUUUUGCAAGUUGAGCCCCAUCGGUGGAUCGUUGCAAGAGCUUCGUCUCAACCACAACGAGCUCAUUGGUGAAAUACCACAGUGUUUGAUGCAAUUCCGCCAUUUGACUCUUCUUGCACUCAACAACAAUCGUUUACAAGGGUCCCUUCCUGAAGUGCAUGCUCCGGAGCUAGUGGUGCUGGCUUUGCACAAGAAUGAGUUGUCUGGUAAGCUUCCCAGUAGCUUUCACACGCUGAGGCAUCUUGGAGUGUUGACCCUGCAUGAGAAUUCCAUCGGGGGCUCCAUCAGCGACAUUCGCUUGAAUGUGACGUGCAUGGAUAACUCCAAGUUCGCGCUGGGCCAGAUGGGCUGUGGUGAAAUCUCGCUAACAACGAGAGGGAACCCAUGGUUCAACUUCACAGAGAAUGAGCUUCGGCAAAUCAGGAGCAACUGUCCUACUUUGACUGGAUGCCCUAGACAUGGAACGGCCAACCUGACUCUGCACCGGAAUCGUUUCUCGUGCGCAGUACCCGAACGUGUCGACAAUGUCACGGUGACGGGUCUUGUGGUUAUGGGCAACAUGCUGGGAUCUGGCUACGAGCUCGCUUCAUCUUGGAUACUUCCAGAAGAGAAACAAUCCUUCCUUUACUACUCCCAUGAGGUUUGGCAAUCCAAUUGGCAUGUUCUCUGUGGAUUUCUGCUUCUUCUGCUUCUUGCGGCUGUCUGUCGACCACGACAGAGGCUGCAGAAGACCUUAAGAAGUUUGGAGGUUUCGACGACGGCUCCGGUGGCGUCUGCGAACUUCGGGUUGUUGAAAACAGCGCAAGCCACGCUUUUGCUUGCCACUCCGCUUCUUUUCAUUUAUUUGUGCAGCGAAAGCUACUAUGACUGCAGUCCUCCCUUGUGGCAAACGACCUCUGCAAAUCUCCAAGCAGAGCCUUUGGCAGACUUUUGUGUCAUAGCCUGUUGGUGCGCAAUGCUUGUGCUGUUUCGCACAAUCAUUGCCAGCAUGCCAGCCAGCCGGAGGGUCCAGAGCGAGAGAUAUGGGAGCAUGGGUGGAUUUACCUGGGCCUAUCUCUUUUUGCGAGCUCGGAGAUUUCUGGUGUGGCUGCUCUGGUUUGGUGUUGUAACGGUUUUCUCUUUGCCAUCGGUGUUGUAUGCGUUUGCCAACUCCUUGCCCGCGCACAACACGUCUGGCAUCAAUGAUGCGAUGCUGAAUUUCAUCCACAGAACUGCGCCUGUCCUCACGGUGUUGAUCGACAUGGUCCUGGUCGUGAGAAUAUCAACCAAGUACUCAAGGCUAACCGGAAUCAAGGCAGAUCGAUUGGUGAUGACGUUUCGCUUGUUUGCCGCUUGGCUGCUGCCGCUGCUCAUCACCGUCAUCUUGGAUGAGAACUGCAUUUCUGGAUGGAAGUGGACGUGGACGGUUUGCCAAGCAGAAUCUGCACAACACCGGAUUUUUGAUUGGACCAUCUACAAUGAAGAGAUCCUGAACACGCAACGCGAUAUUUGCAAUCUGAGCGAGACUUGGUGGUCGGACGGCCGCUGCAGCCGUGCCAUCGUGGGGAAUUUGACGCCUUUCUUGCUCAAGAAGCUGCUCACGCGAAGCUUUCUGCAGCCGCUCAUCUUGCUGUCGCUCUGGCGCCUUUCGCGCCUGGAAGAUCGACGCGACGGCUCCAAAGGACGUCAUCUUCGAUUUCUUGGAGGUCCCAAAGGCCAUCCUCUACAACUCCUCGGUGUGGGUCGUCGCACGAGCGGAUCGCUGGUGCCCUUGCAGCAAAUGCCCUUCCUGACGACCCUGAUGGAAUUGCUGAUGUUUUGGACGCCCUUUGUGCCAUUGCUGAGCCUGGGCGUCCUCAGUGCCAGCACCGUGAACAUGCUCAUCUUCGACCUGGGCGUGUGGCAUUUCAGGGUGCAACUUCCAGACGACGAGGUGAACCGCGCUGCCGGGCUGUCCGGAUCAUAUUUGAGCUUUGCACAGAUUGCUGGGAGCAGCCUCCAGCUGUGGCAUGCCUUCAGCAGCAACAUGCAUGGGAGGUACAUGCUGCUGACCUUCAAUGUUCUGGUCAUAAACCCAUGGGCGAAAUGCUUUUUGCCUCUCGAGCGGGCGAGGAAGCUGUUUUGGGAGCCCCUGAGCCGAGUGCAGGAGAUGGUCAUUGAGAUUCCUCAAGCUGGUGAAGCUCAGGGAACAACUGAAAGACCGGCAGAAUGGGUUGACAGGAGAAGCCUGAAGAUGCGGCAGAAGGUGGUGGUGAUGAUGAUGGAGGAGGAGGCAUCUGAAGUCUUCGCUGAAUGGUGGGGGAGCUGUUGGCGCAAAUCCGCUGAAGAGAAUAGGCGCCGAACAAUUCCAGGUAGGCUGAAGAAGGGAGAUGACGAAGGAGAUGAGGAGGUUCUGCAGGUUGCGAAGACUCGAAAGAUUAACAAAGAGCAGUUCAAGAAGGAAGUCUCCGAUCGCACCACUCCGCCCUCAAGGGGCGACACGGAGCAGGAGCGCGAUCACUGGUCUCGCCCAAGGCGAUGGCAAGUGAGACUCUGGCAGGUUCGAGUCGAGAACAUGACCGAUGAGGCCAUCCUGGUCUUUGGGAACUUCAUCUUCGGGGGCACGAAGGAGGAAUUCCUGGUGCGUGCGGGGGGCAAGGAGCCCUCCAUUUGGGUGGCGGGGGACGAAGGGGUGAUCCUGCGAACGCCGGUGGUGCACGACGUGCCAGGUGAUGGCGAAGAUACCGAGUGUGACUUUGAUGUGUCCUUCGAGUGGCAUGGCAGCUAUCUCGACCUCGAACGACAGAACUUGAGGCUGGAGAUCUGGAACUGGGCUCGCUGGCGGAUCAACAAGUUCGAUUGCUUCUGCGAGGAGCCCUUGUUGAGCUUCGCCAAGGGUCCCAUUCAAAACGAGAUGGAGUGCAACAAGGUAGACAAGUUCGGAAAGAAGCAGAGCCGUGUGAAGGUCGCCUUCAAGUUGUUCUUUCAAGAAAUCUACGACUUUGAGCUUUCGAUGCCGGUCUGGCGUGCUAGCGCCGUGCCCACCUGCAAGCGACUCCUCGAGCGCUUGAGGGACAACAUCGAGGAGGAGGACGAAGAACUCACGGGCGGUGGAGCCCGGGGCACCCUGGGGCGGAGUACUCGGCAGACGGGAGCCAAGCAGACGCAAGCCCUGCCACGAACUCUGUCGCUGGCUUCGGAUGAAUCGAUUCAUCAGACGAUCCAUGUCCAAACGCCGGCGUUGCGGGCACAUGGCACGCGGAGUUGCUAUUUGGUCUCCAACAAGAGCGGCAACAACGGUGGCGGUGUCCUAUGGGACAGCUGGACGCGGAAGAAGUUCCGCGGCUACUUCCGUGGCACGUGCUCCGAUCUCGGCAACGCCUCCCUGGAGGUGAACUUGAUGAGCUUCGAGAAGCCCCGUGAGCUGCAAGAGUUGGUGACGCAGUUGGGAGGUGGACGCCCAGGUGGCAGCCGGUACCAUGUGAUCUUGGCCAAUGCCGAGAUCCCCUUGAGGGGCGUGCUGGAACACGGCGAGGUGAAGGCGACCUUGCGACCGGCGCCCUGGUUUUAUGGCCUCGAGGAGGGCGGCAAGGUGCACCGGCAACGCUGCGGCUUGCUGCAGGGCCACGUGGCUGUGGAUCAUCGCCCACGCUAUCAGCAGACAGAUGAUGUGUCAGACGAGUUGGAUUUGAGGAAGAGAUAUCUCUUUGUGAAGGUCAUCAAGGUCGACCGGGUGGUGACGCCGGACACGCGGCCCACGGACGAGAUCGACACCUUCGUCGAGGUGACCUUCGACGGUGUGGCGAAGCGCACUCGGAUCUGCCAGGACGAUGUGUCGCCCAGCUUCAACGAUGACUUGGUCUUCGAGUUGUCCUUGGCGAAGACCAGCAGUAAAAACGAGCGGCAGGAUGACAACGAAGCGACCUGGGAGGAGCUGGAGCGGAAAGGGCCGGUCUUCAUCGACCUUUGGACCAUCGGCUCCAAGAGCAACGAGCACUUGGGCUCCGUCGAAGCCUUCCUUCAGGACAUUCUCGUCGAUGAAGUCGGACAGCCUCAAAAGGAGGUGACACGAACUGCUCGUGAUGCGCGGCUGAAGCGCCAGGAGAACUUCAGUGUCCGCGCCUUCCGUGGACAACGAAGGUUGAAGUUUACCUGGGGACUUGGCCAGGAGUCCAACAUUUUCUACGAGAUGUGGUUCCUCCCGGAUUUGGACCCCAUGGCAGUGCUGAAGGCUUUGCCAGCUGAAGUGCCUUUGCCCAAGGCCUUGGCUGAGAAGUUCGAAGAGAAGCAGAUGAUCUGGGACGAAGUGGCCGAUGAGCUGAAUGGGAUUCAUGAGAACAUGGAGCAGAUCGAGCAGGACGAGCUCCGCCGCACGGGGCGGCAGUUCCAAUGCACGGCCGCCAGCAUUUGGCCGGUGCAGUCGGCACAGGAGCACUUCCUGCCGCGCUUCUGCGACGUGCUGCGGCCGCCGCACGGCGUCGAUUGCGCCACGGCCAUCAACCACUACGUGGGCUGCUUCCCCUACAUGGUCGCUCCGAGGUCAGCACUCCGAACUUCUUCUGUGCGCUGCGCAAGGGCAAGAUUUUGGAGCAUGCCUUGCUGCACUGCAGCCUCUUGCUUGGGCUUUCCUUCAAGGCCUACGUGUGCUGUGGGACGAACUUGA